UUCCCCCUAAAUUGGAGUUUUCACGUCUGCUACCCAAGCCAGCUAGAGAAUCAGUAAUCGAUCGAUCAGAGAGUUGCAGAGAGAAAGGUGAGAAGAGUGUGAGGUUUGGUCACCAAAUUUUGGUCCUAAUCAAUUCGAGGGUACAAGGGAGGAACUCAUUUUUCCUCUCCCUCCUAUAAACCAACUGUUUGUCUCCAUAACGCCUCUGAAAUUCAAAGAUUGUGCUCACGUUAAUAUCCUGCGCCAACCUCUUUCUUCUUCUUCUUCUUCUUCUUCUUCUACCUCUACCUCGUUGUCUAUAUAUUUGUAAUACGUAUUGUAUACUGAAGGAAUUUUAUAGCGAAGUAAUAGGUUUGAGUUAGGACUGUACGGAUUUGCAAGGGCAGAGAUGGAUGCUUUGUGCUUAAAGGCAGGGAUUCAUGGAAUGGUCGCGCCGCAGAUCGCCGCAUCGGGAAGCAGCGAGCUUCGGCUUAGCGACAAGCCGUCGGUAUCGGCAGUGAAGCGGAGGAAUUUGCCGUGGGGAUUCACUUUCCGGCAUCCGCUGGGAUCUUUGUGGCCGGGAGGUAAGAGCCGGUACGAACCGGCGAUCGCGGUGGAUGAUUCCGUCCUGGUGGAGGAAAAGGAAGACGCUGCGGAGAGCGCGGAGGAAUCGCGGAAUGAGAAUUGGGUGUUGAAGAUUUUGCACGUCAAAUCUCUCUGGAAAGAGGAGGCUGUUAAUGAGCCUGAAUCGACGAAAGAGAUCGGAGCGAAAUUGGAAGGGGAAAUUAAUGAUGAUGGUGGGGAAGAUGAUUGCUGCGCGGUUGAGAACGACGGCGACUGCGAUUGCGAUGGCGAUGAACAGAUUCAAUUCGACAGGGAAUCGUUCUCGAAACUUCUGCGGAAAGUGCCUCUCGCCGAAGCUAGAUUGUACUCCCGGAUGUCGUAUUUGGGGAAUUUGGCAUAUGCUAUCCCAGAAAUUAAGCCCAGCAAUCUUCUGAGAAAUCACGGCCUCCGGCUUGUGACUUCGUCGGUGCAGAAGAGGGAAGCCGCGGCCGAGAAAGAGAAGUCGGAGGGAAGAACAGAAGCUGAUGUAGCUGAGGCAGAGAAUGCUGUUGCAGGUAAUGAGACAGUGAUAUCUGAAACAGACAAUGGACGCCAUAUAAGUGCAGCUGCAGCUUAUCACAUCGUUGCUUCUGCCGCGUCGUAUCUCCAUUCGCAUACCAGAACCAUCUUUCGCUCUAAAUCCUCCGGCUCAAUCCCAAACGAAAUCAAUGGAGCAGCUGCAGACAGCGAUGAUAUGAUCAACCAGGACGUCGCUUCAUUAAUGGCGACCACAGAUUCAGUGACUGCAGUUGUUGCUGCUAAGGAGGAAGUAAAGCAGGCUGUUGCAGAUGACCUGAACUCAACCCACUCGUCGCCGUGCGAGUGGUUCGUCUGCGACGACGAUCAGACCGCCACCAGAUUGUUCGUCGUACAGGGAUCCGAGUCGCUUGCGUCAUGGCAGGCGAAUCUACUCUUCGAGCCGAUCGAGUUUGAGGGAUUGGACGUUCUUGUGCACCGAGGUAUAUACGAGGCUGCAAAGGGGAUUUACGAGCAGAUGUUGCCUGAAAUUCGCGCGCACGUAAAGACUCACGGGGAGCGCGCCACAUUUCGUUUCACGGGGCAUUCUCUCGGCGGUAGUUUAUCGUUGCUUGUGAGUCUAAUGUUGCUAAUAAGAGGCGAAGCACCCCGGUCUUCUUUACUUCCCGUCGUGACUUUCGGGGCGCCGACGAUUAUGUGCGGCGGCAAUCGCCUGCUGCACAAGCUGGGUCUGCCUAAAAGUCACGUACGUUCGAUCACGAUGCACCGAGACAUCGUUCCCCGAGCAUUUUCGUGUCAUUAUCCGAUCCAUGUUGCGGAAUUUCUCAAAGCCAUAAAUGGGAAUUUUCGAAAUCUUCGAUGUUUAAGUAAGCAGAAGCUGUUAUAUGCUCCGAUGGGGGAGUUCUUGAUUCUUCAACCGGACGACACGUAUUCUCCGAACCACAAUCUUCUCCCGUCCGGAAGCGGUCUGUACGUAAUGACGGGUGCGGAGACGGAAGCAGCUAAGGCGGAGAAGCAGAUCCAAGCGGCGCAGGCGGUGUUCAUGAACUCGCCGCACCCGCUCGAGAUACUGAGCGACCGAUCGGCAUACGGUUCGGGAGGGACGAUCCAAAGGGACCACGACAUGAACUCGUAUCUAAAGUCCGUUCGGAAUGUGAUCCGCCACGAGCUGAACCGAAUCCGGAAGUCGAAGAGGGAGCGGCGGAGGAAGGUGUGGUGGCCGCUGGUGGCGCCGCGGGGAGGAGCCGCGAACUCCGGCGGCAUUAUUUUCAGGCGGCCGGCGACACUGUCGGAGAAGGAGAAGAUGAUGGUCCAAGGACAGCUGGACUUCUCUGGCAUGGUUCAGACAGGUAGAGAGUCGUUGAAAAGGUUUACUAGGUUAAUUGCAUCACAGCACAUGCAUUUGCUUGUGGUGCUUUUGUUCCCUGCCAAGUUGCUCGUUUUGGGAACUUUUAGUUUAAUCAAAAUUCAUUGAUUAGACACCCACACCCCCACACCCACGAAAAUUCGAUUCUUUAUUCAUUUACACCUGUGGGAAGCAGCAAUGGCUUCCCUGAUCUGUAUCAGAUUAUUACUGUUACUAUUAUUACAAUAUCUAUGAAAGAAGAGGUUCACUAAGGACCACUUUUAACUUAGGA